CGCACACCCACUCACAUGUAUGACACACGUCUCCACGUAACACAUGCACCCACUCUACACAGGCUCACGUGUACUCACGCUUGCGUGCAACAAUCCUGCUCGACCAAGUGCGCGCUCUCCCUGGCACACUCGCACUACCCAGGCCCACAAAUAUGCAGCCACUCUUUAUACAAAGUUGCACGCUCACAUCACCCUCAUCUCGCAUCUCGACGGCCGACAAAGACCUCGAAGGGUCGAACGGAAAGCAUCCAACGGAGUGGAAGCAGCAUGAAGGAAGAGCCGCUGGGCAGCGGCAUGAACGCGGUGCGGACGUGGAUGCAGGGCGCCGGGGUGCUGGACGCCAACACGGCGGCGCAGAGCGGGGUGGGUCUGGCCCGGGCUCACUUUGAGAAGCAGCCGCCUUCCAAUCUGCGGAAAUCCAACUUCUUCCACUUCGUCCUGGCCCUCUACGACAGACAGGGCCAGCCCGUGGAGAUCGAGAGGACAGCCUUUGUGGGGUUCGUGGAGAAGGAAAAAGAAGCCAACAGCGAAAAGACCAAUAACGGGAUUCACUACCGGCUCCAGCUCCUCUACAGCAAUGGGAUAAGGACGGAGCAAGAUUUCUACGUGCGCCUCAUCGACUCCAUGACAAAACAAGCCAUAGUGUAUGAAGGCCAAGACAAGAACCCAGAAAUGUGCCGAGUCUUGCUCACACAUGAGAUCAUGUGCAGCCGCUGUUGUGACAAGAAGAGCUGUGGCAACCGAAAUGAGACUCCCUCAGAUCCAGUGAUAAUUGACAGGUUCUUCUUGAAAUUUUUCCUCAAAUGUAACCAAAAUUGCCUAAAGAAUGCAGGAAACCCACGUGACAUGCGGAGAUUCCAGGUCGUGGUGUCUACGACAGUCAAUGUGGAUGGCCAUGUCCUGGCAGUCUCUGAUAACAUGUUUGUCCAUAAUAACUCUAAGCAUGGGCGGAGGGCUCGGAGGCUUGACCCCUCGGAAGGUACGCCCUCUUAUCUGGAACAUGCAGCUACUCCCUGUAUCAAAGCCAUCAGCCCGAGUGAAGGAUGGACGACGGGAGGCGCGACUGUGAUCAUCAUAGGGGACAAUUUCUUUGAUGGGUUACAGGUCAUAUUCGGUACCAUGCUGGUCUGGAGUGAGCUGAUUACUCCGCAUGCCAUCCGUGUGCAGACCCCUCCUCGGCACAUUCCUGGUGUUGUAGAAGUCACAUUGUCCUACAAAUCAAAACAGUUCUGCAAAGGGACACCGGGAAGAUUCAUUUACACAGCGCUCAACGAACCCACCAUCGAUUAUGGUUUCCAGAGGUUACAGAAGGUCAUUCCUCGGCACCCUGGUGACCCUGAGCGUUUGCCAAAGGAAGUAAUCCUCAAAAGGGCCGCAGACCUGGUGGAGGCGCUGUAUGGGAUGCCACACAACAACCAGGAAAUUAUUCUGAAGAGAGCAGCUGACAUCGCAGAGGCCCUGUACAGUGUCCCUCGCAACCACAGCCAGCUCCCGGCCCUCACUAACACCUCGGUCCACGCAGGGAUGAUGGGCGUGAAUUCCUUCAGUGGACAACUGGCUGUCAAUGUCUCCGAAGCAUCGCAGGCCACCAAUCAGGGUUUCACCCGCAACUCCAGCAGCGUGUCACCGCACGGGUACGUGCCGAGCACCACCCCGCAGCAGACCAACUAUAACUCCGUGAGCACGAGCAUGAACGGAUACGGCACGGCUGCCAUGUCCAACUUGGGCGGCUCCCCAACUUUCCUCAAUGGCUCAGCUGCCAACUCGCCCUAUGCCAUCGUGCCAUCCAGUCCCACCAUGGCCUCCUCCACAAGCCUCCCCUCCAACUGCAGCAGCUCCUCGGGCAUCUUCUCCUUCUCACCAGCCAACAUGGUCUCAGCCGUGAAACAGAAGAGUGCUUUUGCGCCAGUUGUCAGACCCCAGACCUCCCCGCCUCCCACCUGCACCAGCACCAAUGGGAACAGCCUGCAAGACCAGUCUUUUGUGGACUCUAGCAAGUUCUCCACUGCAGGGUCUCUCCCGGGACUGGCCUUCUCCUGAACGAUAUCUGGCAUGAUUGUCCCUCCUAUGUGAAAGAAUUGCCUUGAAGAAUUUUAUUAAUGAAGAGGUUGGAUUCUGCUACAGAGAGUAAUCUGAUACAAGUCCCCAAGUGGAACUUUUAACUCAGGCCUUUUUAAGAGGAAUCACAAUAACUGCAGAUUUUUAAACAAACAAUAUCACCGACCUUGCAAAUACUGAAAUUGGAAGGGAUCUGCAAGUGCAGAGUGUUGGUUAAAAGUUGUACCUCCCGAGUAUUUGGGGGAUAUAUUUAUUCUGUGUUGAUAAAAGCAAAUCCACUUUUUCUUUUACUUUCUUUUUUUUUAAAGCUUAACUCUGCAAUCAUUGGUCUUUUAUAAACCAUAAAGCUGUAUACAAGGGACACUAUAAAUAAGACUCCAUGUUUUAAUUUAUGAUGUUUUUAAAGCUGUGUAAAGGGAGAAUGAAGUGGUGAUAUUUACAAAAAAGUUAAAAAGAAUAAAAAAGAAAAAAAAAAAAAAAGCUUGUAUGGGACAGAAUAGGAAUGCCAGUUAGAUUUUUUUAGAAAACUAAGGGUCGGCUUUUGCGCCUUAAAGCAUAUCAAAUGGUAGUUAGCUCAGACAGUGCAUUUUCAAUAUCUAACUUAACACGCCAUCCCUUAGCAGUGCAAGCUUAUUUCUCUCUUUUGUAUUGUUGUCUUAAGUAACUGUGUAAAUAAAUGCAGCCUGGAAAGUUAAAAAGUGAUGUAAGUGAUCACAUUUUUCCCUUCUACUCAAAAAUCCAGUGCCUCUAGACAGAUUGUUGAAACUGCGUAUUGAAACCUGGUAUCAUUCUCUCUUUCACUUGUGUCAACUUCUUCUGAAGCCGAUGGCCUCUUGAGAGCUUGAUGGCGCACAUACUGUGUGAGAAUCUCCUAUGAGACUUCAUGGAACAGGGUCCAGGCACAGAAUUCCACAUUAAGCCCUCCAGUUACCAAGCCAAAAUCCCACUUUCACACCGCCAUUUGCAAGUUUAAAGUUUACUCAUCCUAAAUGCUGAUUCCUACCAAUCCUCCACAAGCUGACAGAAGCAACAUGGCAGGUAUUUCAGAUUUCCCAUUGGAGAUAACGCGCCUCUCUUGGUGACCCUUACCAUUUGUAACAUAAUAGAUUAGAGCGACAGGUUAAGUGCUUUGGAAUUAAGAGUAAAAGGAAAACUGGGAGAAAGGAGAAGAAGGUUGAGAGCUCCAAAACAUAGUUUUCUGUUCUAUGGAAUUUUUGCUCUCAUCAUCUGGGAAGUGUUCUUAAAAGUAAGAAUAAAUAGCAAAGAUGCAGCAAAGCUCGGAGGAUGCAUUUGCCUGAUAUUUUUUCCUUUGCUGUUGUGUUUUUGUAUGUAGUUAUAAAUACUGUAGAUUUUUUGUGAUUUUUGCCAAAGUCGUUGUUCUAUUUAUACAUUUUAAUGUCUUAAGACAGUUUUUCAAUAUCACAAAAAAGAUUUUACUGCAUAUUUUGCAAAGAAAAAAAAAGCUCACUACCUUUAGCUUGCACAUACUUGCGAAGUUAAUUAAAAGGCUUUUUGUUUUAAAGGGGAUUUUGUAAAAUAUCCAUAUAAAUAAUGUAUUUAUCUUUGGAAUUUGUACAUUGCUUUCCCCUUCUUCCUUUUCCUCCCACUCCCAGUUUAUUUUAUUGUGUAUGUUUGCUAUGUGAAAAGUGCGUAUUUGUUUGGUCACCUACAGUUGUAUUAGCUGUUUCAAUGUGAUUUUUAAACAUUUCAUUUAUAGUUAUUUUUAGUUUUGUUUUAAACCAUGCUUCAAUUUUUUUAUUUCCACCCAAAAGCCAUUGUCUAUUUUUGUAUUAUUUGUAAGUUAAGAAGUUUUUUCCAAUAUAUGGCAAAAAAAAAAAAUAGUAGCAUAUUAUUCUUGUAGCAUUUAGUUCUGUAGAUUAAAAAAAUGUAUCCUUUGCUUUGGAAGCUUACAGAAAAAAAAAACUAAUGCUGUUUUACUCUAUUAAUAUGCAUGGAAUCUCUCCCUUUGGAGUGACGCAUUUUGUGCAUUAAAUUUGGGGGAGAAACUUCAUAGAAA